CCCAGUCAUAUCUCCUGGAUAUGCGUUUCUUUUCUCAACAACGUUAUGUCUCAUCUUAACAACACAGAUGGCCAAUCUGCACAUGAAAGGUCUACACGAAGCACAGAAGCACAGCAGGAACUAGAUAAUGAGCUAUUGCGUCGUCUUAUACCUGGAGUAGAGCGACGACUAACAGAGAUGGCUCGAAGGCAAGAAGAGUCUUUUCGAGAGCUGUUUGCUCAGUUGAAAGAGAUAAAUACUAAGCUAGACAGUAUGGCUCCUCAAGGAGCUUCACUUCAAGUUAGUAUUAAUGGACCUGGCAGAAAUCCACUUCAGUUAAAUAUUGGUUGGCCAGAAGGCUCUCAUGCUCCAGCUCCUACUCAGCUUAUUUCAAACUCAAAUAUUCCAAACCCGAAUGCCCCAAACAUGAGCACUCCUACUGACCCAGUUGUUCCCGUUACUCAAGCUCCUAUUCCUACUACUAAUACCCCUUCUGAUCUAGUCACCACAACCAUUUGUUCCGAAAGAAAUACCAGCCCAGUUCGUUCACCUGUUCCAAACUUCGUUCGUCCUCUUCCAACAUUGGACCGCCAUCCUGUGCGAUACAAAUUAAGUCGCACUGUUCGUUCACUUCGUGAUCUAUACAAGGAAUGGACAAUCGGUUUAGAUGGGAAACCUGCCAUUGAAUAUUUGAAUAUACACCAUAAGGGCUGGAAUGAUGGAGACAGGACCUUCUACAGACGAAGAAGUAGAGUCAUUCAAGCCAUUAAAUCUUAUGCCAAAGAGAGAGAUAUCCCUAUGGAAGAUGCAGUCAAUAUAGCAGAAUCAAAUCGAAUAUCAAACAAAAAAACAAUUGAUUUUUUAUCAAAAAAUCCUAGCAAAAUUUUUAAUGCAUAAAUAUUGUCAUACAAGGGUAACACGAAUAAAGGGUCAAAUCAAACAUUUUUUUAUAGUUAA